AUGUCUCCCCGAACUGCAGCGACCGCGCUGCUACUUGCUUCUUUACCUUAUGGCCUUGCCUUGCCCCAAGUCAUUCCUUUGGUCAGCGACCUCGCACCGAACGUGACACCUGGCGCACUUUCACUCAUUCCCACUCUGGACGCAUCCACUGUUACGGUUGUCGGUACUAUUGUCCAACCUGCAGUUGAGUCUGCGGUCGAAGAAAUUGCUGAUGCCAUUGAAGAUGCUACCGAGACCGUUGCCUCCGCGCUGAAGAGCGCCACAGAUGCUGUCGAAGGUGGCCUUCCGACAGACGCUCCUUCUAUCUUGGACCUUGAUUCAAACAUCCUUCCUUUGAUCUUGCCAGGUGUCCUGCCCGUAGAGACUGACCUACCCCCUGUCGGUGCCCCGGAUGUCGUGUCUUCUGACCUUACUGACACCGACGAUCUCGAGGUGAUCGAUCUCCCAGCGCCUAGCGAGGACCCCUACAGCGAUGAUGGUCUCAUUGCCGAGCCAUUCUUCCCUGACUUCCUUGACCUCCCUGACGAAGCCAAUGUACCUAUCAGUACAUUCAACGCCGUGGUCCAGCCUCUGCUGUCAGUCAUCCAGACUCUGCUCAACUCUCUGCCCGGCAACUUCGCACCCCCUCUCCCUGGAAUCUUCCCCCACCCGUUGCUGCCAAAUGAGACACCGGAGAUCUUCAUCGAUCCUCCACUGCCUACCGAGGCCUUCAACGAUGCCGACGGGACCGCUACUGAUACGUUUGACCCUCUGAUCAGCAUUGUCAUCGAUCCUAUCCCAACCAACUCAAUCGCGGCAGACCUCCCCUUCGCUAAGAGGCAGGCGGCUACAGACAUCGACACCAACAGCAUCUACGCACUCAUCGCACCCAUUCUCGAGGCUAUCAACGCUCUCCUUGCGCAGAUCCCCUCUGUCGGUCAUGCAGUGUCCGAUGUCGUCUCUAACGUCCAGGCUGGUGUCCCAGAAUUGCCCGUCGACGUCCCUACCCUUCCAAUUGUUGAUGUUCCGUCACUGCCCGUACCUGACACCACGCUGCCGAUCCUGCAGUUACCCCCUGUAAAUGUGCCCGAUGCCUUGCCUACGGAUGACUUCCCAGUCGAUGUGCCAACACUAGCCCUACCCGAAUUGCCUCUCACGACCCCGCCUGCACUUCCAGGCCUCACCUCAGACAUCCCGGAUGAGGUGUUGAAUGCACCCUUCCCGGAUGACAUUGAGGGCAUCGACUGGGCUGCAUUCGAGUCGCCGCCGUUUUCCGGUCUCCCAGCGACGAGCCUUGAUGACGUUGCAAUUCCGGACGACAUUCUCAAUGUACCUGUGCCGGACUUCGAUGAGAACGGUCUCCCUAUCGACAAUGUGCUCGAUACUAUCUCGGACGCCACAGCUGCUGCCCCUUUGGUGCUGCCCACGAGCCUUGACGCACCUGGUGUUCUUCCGACCAAUCUGCUCGACUGGCCCUUCGCAGACAUCCCUGAGACUAUCGCACCAGCUGUGGACGGCGAGCUUCCAGAUCUUGACGACCUCCCCAUCCCAGAUGACGUGCUAAAUGUACCAGUACUCGAUGGUGCCCCACUCGACUUGCCCACGGAUGCGGCUGGUGGUCUUCUCGCCGACCCACUUGCGAACCUGCCAGUUCCAACCAACUUCCUCGAGCCUGCAGUUCCUACUGAGCUUCUCGAUGUGCCCGUCCCGACUGACUUGCUCAACGUCCCGGUCCCGACUGACUUGCUCAACGUCCCGGUCCCGACUAACUUGCUCGAUGUUCCGGUCCCGACCGACUUGCUCGAUGUCCCAGUGCCGACUGACUUGUUCGACAUCCCUGUUCCUGAGGGCUUUGAGGACAUUGCAGUACCCACCGAGAUCGUUACUGCUCUUCCUGCGGCCCCUUCGCUGGCCGACCUUGCCGACGCCUCCAUCCCAGAUGACAUUCUCAGCAUCCCUUGGCCUGAGCUAGACGAGAACGGUGUCCCCAUUGACCUACCCGUCGACUCUGGAAAUGACCUUAUUGCUCCUGCACCCCCCACAAAUCUGAACUGGUGGGAUAUUCCAGUGCCUGAUGAUUGGGUUGACGUGGACGACGUUCCAUCAAUUCUCCCCGCUCCUGUGACACCAGACAAUAUCCUGGCCCCUGAGAUCCUUGACGAGAGCAGUCUGCCACUCGACUUGCCCGCACCUGCGCUCCCGAUCGAGGCCUUCGGCGCUGGCUUCCCAAUACAAGCUCUACCUGAUGUACCGCUCGCUCUUCCCGCGGCCUCAGAUGUCGCAUCCGAGCUGCCCGUUGAUAAUCUCUUACCCAUCGAGGGUCCUGCUGCUUUGACAGAGGCAUUCACCGAUGUACCGACCGAUGCGCUGAGUGGUCUGCCGACUUCAAUCCUCGCAGAUGUGCUUCCUGUGCCCGCCGACGCUCUGGCUGUUGCUCCGGCGGUCACCGGUCUGGCUGAAGAUCUCCCUGUACUACCCGCCCCCGCAGAUGUCCUUGCUCCGGCCCUUCCUAUUGCGGCACCUGCAGUUGCUGACCCAGCUCUGUCUCUCGUCCCUGCUGUCAAGCUUCCCUUCCAAGUGCCUGCCGCAACAGGCUCCCUAGGCAGGCGCCAGCUACCAGACUUGUUCGCUCAAACCACACUGCCAGUUGACAGCGCUCAGGCCGCUUCUCCAGCCGCUGUCAAUGCUAUCACGAUGAGUUUGAUCAAGCCGCUGCUCAGCUUGGUCAGCUCACUGCUUGCUAAGCUUCCCGGCGUGGGGCAGACUGUGCCGGAUCUUGGUGCUACGCUGCCGGAUGUGAGCACUCUCGUACCAGCUCUACCUCUGCCUGCGAUUGGCGGAGUUGCGUCGACUGUCACUGGUGCUUUACCUGCAAGUCUUCUCCCAAGGCUUGAAGACAAGCUGAAGAAGCGUCAGUUCGGCCUCUUCGGUGGUCUGCCUUUCCUGGGCGGAUUUACCGGCGGUCUGCCAAACGUCGGCGGUCUUGCAGGUGGUCUUACUCAGAAUCUGCCGCUGGUCGGAGGCCUCACUGGCGGUCUCACUGGUGGUUUGCCAAACAUCGGCGGUCUUACUCAGAAUCUGCCACUGGUCGGAGGCCUCACUGGCGGCCUCACUAGCGGUCUGCCAAACGUCGGUGGUCUUACUCAGAAUCUGCCACUGGUCGGAGGCCUCACUGGCGGCCUCACUAGCGGUCUGCCAAACGUCGGUGGUCUUACUCAGAAUCUGCCACUGGUCGGAGGCCUCACUGGCGGCCUCACUGGCGGUCUACCAAACGCCGACGGACUCGCAUCCACUGUCACUGGUGUUGUGUCGACCGUCCCUCUUGUCGGUGGGCUCGUUGGAGGCGCUGCCCCUGCACUUGGUAGUGGUGCUAUCCCCGAUGUGGGCGGACUCACACCUACUGCCACCAAAGCUGUCAAGGCCGUCCCUGGACUUGGCGACGUUGCUUCCACGGCAGUACCCAAGGUUCCUCUCGCGUUCGAUUCUGGUCUGACUAAGACUUUGAUUCCAGCAAGUCUUCCUCUCGACCCUUCGGUUCUCCUUGGUGCUAUCAAGCCUGUGCUCUCGAUUAUCGAGUCAAUCGUAGCCUCGCUGCCGACUGCAGGAGUACCUCACGCAAAGCGCGACGCUGCUGCUCUGCCCAUCGACCCUGAGCUCAUCUUUAAGAUCAUCGCGCCUCUUUUGCAAGUCGUUAACAAACUGAUCGAGCUCAUCCCUGCUGAUAAGCCUGAGCUCCCAGCUGUUACCAAUAUAAUCAAUGGCCUUCAGAAGCGCGGUGUCACAACAGAUAUCCCCUCACUGCCGGUUCCUCUGGACAUAAACAUCAUCCUUGCCGUCAUCAGGCCCCUACUCGAACUUGCGACUGGAUUGCUCACGAAAAUUCCUGCUCCUGUGAGCAGUGUCAUUUCGACUUCGCCACUCAACAAUGUUCUUGGAAGCCUUCCUUUAGGAAAGCGUGAUACCGCUGCAAUCCCUGGACUUGAAAUUCUGGCAUCCAUUCUCGAGCCAUUGUUGGCACUUGUCAAUUCCCUCCUCGCAAAGUCUCCGAUACCACUCUCUCUCUCGGUACCUGACGUUGGCCUCGACUCGAUUGUUGGAAGCUUGACUAAGCGUCAGCUUGAGACCAUUACUGGCGCUCUCGAUCCUGCAAGUACCCUGAGUCUGGUUCAAUCACUUGUCCAGACCAUACUCGGACUUCUCAACGCCUUACCCGUCAACCCAGCUACUGUCCUACCCAAAAUUCCUCUGAGUGGUUUCGGUAAACGCGACCUCGACAGCCUUCCUCUCCAGCCAGAUCAGAUCCUCGGCCUCGUGAAGCCCAUUCUCAGUCUGAUCACCUCCUUGCUCAAGACCCUCGUGCCUACUGUAUCGGAUGCCGUUUCCUCGCUCCCUGUUCCUAUCAGGCGCCAGGUUCUCGGUACGGGCAUUGAUCCUGCCGCCAUUGCUGCGACCGUCGCGCCUCUGCAGUCCCUCAGCGACGCUAGUGCUAUAUUAGAGAUUCUGCCUCCUUUGCUCCGUGUUCUCGGCCAGCUUAUCGCUGGCCUACCUCUGCCAGCGGUACAGCAAAUUCCCCUAGUUAACACUCUUGGGAACUUGGGCAAGAGACAGCUUCGCGGUGCGUCUGCUGAUGCUACUCAGGCUCUGAGCAUCCUUCCCGGUCUGCUCAACCUUUUGUCAGGUCUGCUUGGUUCUCUGAACUUGCCUGUAAACGCUGGAUCCAUCGUCACAGGCGCCGCCGCUCCUGUGCUAGGUGCUGCCACUGUUGCUGCUGGCCCCGUUCUGAAUGUUGCCGCCCCUCUUGCCGCUCCUGCUCUUGGUAUUGCAGCACCCAUACUUGGCGUGGCUACUGGUGCGGUCGCUCCAGUAGUCGGCACAGUCGGCGGUCUUACAGGCACAGUCGGCAGCCUCACUGGCACAGUUGGUGGCCUUGCGGGCGGAGCAGGUGGACUUACAAACCCUCUUGGCAGCGUUACUAGAGCACUCGGUGGGCUUACUGGUGGGCUCACCAAGACGCUCCCCAUCCCUGUCAACCUCCCUCUCGCACGUCGCGCCAUCGAAAAAUUCCAGCAAGGUCCUGCAAGUGACUGGGAGUCUUUUUUAGGUGAGCUGGAUGAGUCCAAACAGCCAGAGUUGGCUGGGCUCAUCCACGACUCCGCGAAGGCCGUCAACAACGAUAAUCUCGACACUCUGGCUGAUACUCUCAGGUCUGACUUUGGCGACCUGAGUGAGUACACAAAGUCAGCCUUGCUGGAGGGUUUCGCUGCCACCACAUUCGGCAAGCGGAGCUUGCGGCUCGCCAAACGCCAGGAGUUUUUUGGUGUUCCUGGAGUGCAGAGCAUUGGUCCGAACCUUGACGAUGCGCAGAAGAUUGAUUUGAGCGGGUUCAACCUCGACCCAAACAAUCAGCUCAACGGCUUGGCUGCAGGAGGUACCCCAGUGGACACCGAUCGACCGCCCACUCCUGGCUCUUUUGAACAGCUGAGCGACCCGUCAAUCAGCCUUGGUGACCCUGAACUCCUUGAUAUCCUCGUAAGUGGCGGCCUGGACCCCAACGGCAUGCGCAGCCCCGUUGGCGGUGCUCCUGUCGACGAUGUCGAGGAGACCGAUCCCUACGAGGGCAUUCGUCAGUCCCUGGAGCCUGCUUUCGGCAGUGGCAAGCCACUUGAGGGCCUUGAUGCCACGCUCCAGGCUGCAAAGAAUAACCGUUUCAGUGAAAGAAAGCCAAGCCUUUCGUGGGUACCGCAAGCCGGUGGAUCGGCUGCUGCACAGCAGGCGGUGGCAGCGGCGAAGCAGCAGGGCAAUGUUAUGCUGUGGUUCCAAAAGUCCAUCAAGCCGAGCUGGAACAAGGAUGUUGAUGCUGAGAUUAUGAGAUAG